UUUAUGGGUGUAGAAUUCAAUUCAAAAACGAUCACUGUUUCUUUCUCUCUUUCUUUGAACACUAGAAAGGAAAAACCGACAAUAGUAAAGGAUUUGCAGAGAGGGUGGUACUUGUUAGUUCCAACUUUGCCUCCACCAUUAAUUUUCAUUAGAAACGUCUCUAGGUGUGUGAAUAAUAAUUUACACACUCACACGCCAAAAUCAUCAAAAACACUUUCAAACCUUAUAUAUAUUUAUUUGUUUAGAUAUUUUGACUUAGAUAUUUUUGGUGGAAGCUAGAAAAAAUAAUUAUUUGGGGUGUAACAAGAAUAUUAUUUGUGGUGAGUCUAUUUAAUUAUACGAUCUUGUUUCUCAAUUCGGAGUUGAUAGAGUUUGUUACACAUAAAAAAAAAAAAACAAAAAAAAAACAGAGUUUAAGUUACAUGUGUUUGUCGAUAUAAAAAAAAAAGUUUAUAACGGUGGCGCAUCAACGGGAUUCAGGAAAGUUGGUGAGGUUGAAGGAGGAGUAUGAUGGUGGUGACGUGGAAGAAGAAGGUUCGGGAUCACAUGGAUUGAAUCAACGGCAACAUGGGAAGGUGGCAAUGUCUUAUCCUCUGGUUUCGGCACCGACUCAUGAUGGAUUGGGCCAGGCCCAAAAUGAGUGGGUCCAAGUCCAACAAGUUGGACAUAAAAGAGUGCGCGAAGAUGAUUUUCAUAAGACUCGUGAAGUUGCUGCUUCUUCUCAUCAUCAAGAUUUUACCUCAAUUCAUACAAACGUUGCUGAUUUUAGAUUACCUUCUUCUCAAGGACCCUCAUCAUCAGAAGCAAGAAGAAGAGAGUCAAAUGAAGAAGAAAGUGGAGAGAGAAGAAGAAGAUACAGAGGAGUGAGACAGAGACCAUGGGGAAAAUGGGCAGCAGAGAUUAGAGAUCCACAUAAAGCAGCAAGAGUAUGGCUUGGUACAUUCGAAACUGCUGAAGCUGCAGCAAGAGCUUACGAUGAAGCUGCUUUGAAAUUCAGAGGUAGCAGAGCAAAACUCAACUUCCCUGAAAAUGUUACUACAACAAUUAGCCCCACUUUUCCGCCGAAUACUUCUUCAACCGUUUCUGUUAAUCCGGCAACUCAUUAUUCACCUCCACCACCACUUCAGAUGCAACAACCACCGUUUACACAGUUUCAAGGUUCUUCUGAUUUGUUGACAGAUUAUUAUCAAUAUUCUCAGAUUUUGAAAGGUUCUGCUGAUUUUCAAGGACUUGAACAAUGGUUUUAUGAAUCUCAAAUGGCAGCUAUUCAUUCAUCUUCUUCAAUGUUAUUGCCAUCUACUGCAUUUUCACCGGCUACUCAAUUAUCCUCUGCUUCGCUUCCUCUGUUUCCUGGUCAGCAAAUAGAGUUUUUCCGGCCGCCGGAAGAUCACUCUCACGGCGAAGAUGUUGGUGGUGGGUCGGGUUUACCACCUUCAACAUGGUCAGAUACCAGUGGCUAUCCUCCUCCUUCGAGUUGAUAAUGAAAAUAUACAGGCUUUGAAUUAGACACAAUAUUGCAGCUCAGUUAUUCGGAUAAAAUUCAUCGUGUAAUCUGAAUCGUUUGAUUUUGAAUCAACGGUAUAGAUCAUUUACGGUAUCAAAUUGCAUGCUGCUGGAACUACAUAACUUCUUUAUUUUUCUUAUUUUAUUUUUUAAAAUACUAUUUUUUAUUUAUUUUAAUA